AUGGGGGCAUGGACUCCAUGGAGGCCUUGCGAACCCCUCUCCAUUCAGUGGCAUCAACGACAGGACACAGUCCUAGCCCUAGCUACUCGUGGCAAUUCGAGGUGGAGGAAGACAUUGGUGCCCAGGACCUACCACCACAAAGAGAAUGAGGUAGAUCUUGCUAAGCAUGGGAGACAGGGAUUCCAUGGAAAGCGCAUGAGCCCUCUCUCCUUCAUCGGCGAUAACAAGUUGACAAGAAGGAAACACAACGCCUAUAAAUAUGGCCCUGCGCCUCCUCCACUGAUGGGUGCACGGCAGCGCUACUGCUCGCUUCAAGACACAAAGAAGCAGAAGCAGAGCUCGUCUCAAAAUCUCGCUUCCACUUCAUCCUCUCCUUCGCCAUCGACUACACGUCCGUGGGGCAGCAGCCCAAGCCAGUGCCGACCAACGGCGUGUGUCAGCCCGUUCUGGGACACGGGCAACCUGACCCCCGCCGCCGUGGCCGCCAUCAAGGCCGCGCACCCGAACGUCGCCGUCAUGGCGGGGCUCGGCGACGACAGUGUGCAGGACAUCGUGAAGGCCGUCUUCACCCCGAAGUCGAUCGACUCGUGGGUGGCCAACGCGGUGACGUCGCUCACGGGCAUCAUCAACACGUACGGGCUGGACGGCGUGGACGUGGACUACGAGCACUUCACCGACGGCGUCGCCGUGAACACGUUCGUGGAGUGCAUUGGCCGCCUCCUGACGCAGCUCAAGAAGAAGAUGCCGUACAUCACCACCUCCAUCGCGCCGUUCGAGGACCCGGUGAUCCAGAAGUACUACCAGCCGCUGUGGCGCAAGUACUCCGGCGUCAUUGACUACGUCAACUUCCAGUUCUACGGCUACGUCGACAACACCGACGUGCCCACGUACGUGCAGUUCUACAACAAGCAGUCGGCGAACUACCCCAGCGGCAAGGUCCUCGCCAGCUUCAUGACCGGCAACACGACCGGCCUGAUCUCGCCGGACCUAGGCAUCAGCGCGGCCAAAGAGCUGCAGAGGCAGAACAAGCUGCCCGGGCUCUUCAUCUGGUCAGCGGACAGCUCCAAGCAGAGCAGCUACGGCUUCAAGUACGAGAUCCAGGGGCAGCAGAUCAUCGCAAACCAUUGA